AUGAAUUUAGUGCCUGCAAAAUUGACUCUGGUUGGAUACCUAACUUUGCCAAUUCUGAUAGACCCUCUUGGGGCGUACCCACGGACAAAGAAUGAGAUGGAGAUGUGUCGAUAUUGUACUAGUAGGUACCCUCUUUAUAGACUCAAACACUCCAUGAUACGUGAACAGUGGGCGGAGACUGAGGAAGUGGAAGUGGAGACUGAGGAAGAGGCUGAUGAGAGGGCUGACGAUCGCGUCUCCAAAACAGCUCUGCCUCCUUCUGGGGGGUCAACCUCUCACCCAGGACCACCACCACGUCUUGAACCUAAAGGUCCAAUAGCAUUAAGUCGUGAGAAGGCUCCUUUUAAGUUGAUCAAUAAACAAAAUCUAACUCAUGAUACAAGACGAUUCCGUUUUGCAUUACAAUCUGAUAAGCAUAUCUUGGGAUUACCAGUGGGUAAUCACAUGUACCUGACAGCUCGAAUUAACGGAGAGCUGGUUAUUCGUCCUUAUACUCCUGUUACCUCUGAUGAUGAACUUGGUUACUUUGAUCUUGUCAUUAAGGUUUAUAAAGCUGGUGUUCAUCCACGUUUUCCUGAUGGUGGGAAAAUGUCCCAAUAUUUAGACUCCUUAAAAAUAGGAGACACUGUUGAUAUACGUGGUCCAGAUGGGAAGGUUGUCUAUAUUGGUCGAGGUUAUUUUAAGUUACGUAAGACUGGAGAGCUUCGUUAUGCUACUAAUAUAGGUCUUAUUGCUGGAGGAACAGGUAUCACUCCAAUGUUACAAAUUAUAAAGGCAAUCCUUAAAGAUUCAGAAGACAAUUCAAAAGUCUCUCUCCUAUUUGCUAAUCAAACUGAAGAUGAUAUUCUUGUCCGUUCUGAGUUAGAAUGGUUAGCUAAACAAAAUAGUAACUUUAAACUUUGGUAUACAUUGGACAGACCACCAGAAGGGUGGAGUUAUAGCAGUGGUUUUGUUAAUGCUGAUAUGAUAGCUGGUCAUUUACCACCUCCUGGACCUAAUACAAUUAUCUUAAUGUGUGGCCCACCUCCUAUGAUCAAAUUUGCUUGUCUACCUAAUUUAGAGAAACUCAACUAUACAGAGAAAAUGUAUGUUGAUUUUUAG